GUCACGUUGACAGUUUAUUUACAAACAUACAGUUGUGCAUAUAUCGCCCGGAACGUGCGUACGAAUAUGAAAGGGAAAUAAAUAAAAUCAAUGUUCUAAAUGGAACUUUUAAACGGUGUGUAAAUUGUUAUAGUUUAGCUUACGAUCCUUUGAAUUCGGUGGUGCUAAUUAUCAGUAUUGUUUGAGAAACGAUACGAAGAAGAUCUUUGACGUUCAUGCCGGUGUGAUUUUCAGACAAACAACGAUAACAAAUUCCUGUUUGGUUUGGUGUUAGGGAAUCUGUUGUUGGUGCUAUUUUGUUACCAAAUAUCUGUGCUUUAAAUAUGCUGCUGCAAAAAUCAGUGCAGCUCAUCUUCCUUACUGUACUGCUACACCAUGAGGCCUUCGGUACGCUCUCCCCGUCCGAUAAGAACAAAAACAAGAAAGUAAAGGAACUGAAAGUAAAAGUUGGCCCACAAUCGACAAAUGUGUACGACAGGGAUCUGGUGCAAGGGGAACCAUCUGCAAAGGACAUCAUAGUGGAAAAUGCGGCAUACUUUCAGGAUACAUCGCUGAAACUGUUCGAGGGCAAAGUGCUUGGGUUCGUUACACCGUGGAACAAUCAUGGGUACGACGUAGCUAAAACAUGGGGACCAAAGUUUGAUUACGUGUCUCCGGUGUGGCUUCAAAUCUUACGGAAGGGUCCUAAAAAGUACGAGGUAGCCGGCGUGCACGAUAUUGACGACGGGUGGGUAAAGGAUGUGAAGAAGGCGGGCUCAUCGAUCAACAAUCGAGUGGUGCCACGUGUCCUGUUUGAUAAAUUCACCGAUCGGGACUUCUCGCAGCUGUUGACUUAUCCGGAGGAACGUACCAUCGUCGCUAAGCUACUGCUGGCGACUGCCAGAAAGCAUAGAUUCGAUGGCAUUGUGCUAGAAGUCUGGUCCCAGUUGGCUGCCCGUGUUGAGGAUAACUAUCUGAUCGGGCUGGUGGAAGAAAUCUGUAACACACUGACUGCCGCAUCGUACGACUGCAUUCUUGUGAUACCUCCAGCACGCAAAGAAACGUACGAUCUCUUUUCGCGCAAACAUUUUGAAGCACUCGUACCAUCGGUAUCGGCCUUCUCACUUAUGACGUACGACUUUUCGAGUGUACAACGACCGGGAGCGAAUGCCCCACUCUAUUGGGUGCGGAAUGCCGUCCAGCACAUCUGUCCCGAUGGCGCGGACGGUAUGAGGGAAAAGCGAGCCAAAAUUCUGGUUGGUCUUAACAUGUACGGUAGUGAUUUCACACCGAACGGUGGUCAACCGAUAGUAGCGCAAGAGUAUUUAGCACUGUUGAAACACCUCAAGGGUCACUUGACGUACGAUGAGCAUGAUGUGGAGAACUUCUUCGAAGUGAAAACCUCGAACGGACGUCAUAUGGUAUUCUAUCCAACGCUUUUCUCCAUUGACGAAAGGCUCAAGCUAGCCCGAGAGCUUGGCACUGGCAUUUCCAUAUGGGAGCUGGGCCAAGGGUUGGACUAUUUUUAUGACCUUUUCUAAACACAAGCUAAAUAGACACACCGCCAUGCCUAGCUAUUACGAAUGCUUCAUGCUGCCCUGUAACAUAGGAUAGAUGCGCACUCUGCAAUUUCGGAUAAUAGUCGGACCUUAAAACACACAGUCCCCCCGGUCGGCAGUUGGUUGCAUGAAACAAUUUCAUUAUUCUCUUACCACUUAUUAGUGUACGAUCUAAAGUAAAGUUCAGUUUGUUUCUGUUUAAAUGAUACAUUAAUCAUAUCAUAUCUUAAACGAAAUAAGAAAAAUAAUGUCGAAAGACA